AUGGCGGAUGCGUGCCAGAACCUCACCUAUGUGCAGGGCUCAGUGGGUCCAGCCACCAGCACUCUGAUGUUCGUGGCAGGCGUGGUGGGCAACGGGCUGGCCCUGGGCAUCUUGGGGGCGCGGCGGCGGUCGCGCCCCUCGGCCUUUGCGGUGCUGGUCACGGGGCUGGCAGGCACUGACCUGCUGGGCACUUGCUUCCUGAGCCCGGCUGUGUUUGUGGCCUAUGCCCGUAACAGCUCCCUGCUGGGCCUGGCCCGGGGUGGCCCCGCGCUCUGCAACGCCUUCGCCUUCGCCAUGACCUUCUUCGGCCUGGCCUCCACGCUCAUCCUCUUUGCCAUGGCUGUGGAGCGCUGCCUGGCACUCAGCCACCCCUACCUCUACGCCCAGCUGGACGGGCCACACUGUGCCCGCCUGGCACUGCCUGCCAUCUACGCCUUCUGCACCCUCUUCUGCUCGCUGCCCCUGCUGGGCCUGGGCCGCCACCAGCAGUACUGCCCGGGCAGCUGGUGCUUCAUCCGCAUGCGCUCAGCUGAGGUGGGCGGCUGCGCCUUUUCGCUGGCCUAUGCCAGCCUCGUGGCUCUGCUGGUGGUCGCCAUUUUCUUCUGCAAUGGCUCCGUCACCCUCAGCCUCUGCCGCAUGUACCGCCAGCAGAGGCGCCACCAGGGCUCAGUGGUGCCCGGGUCCCGGGCACGCGAGGAUGAGGUGGACUACCUGAUCCUGCUGGCCCUCAUGACAGGCAUCAUGGCCGUGUGCUCCCUGCCACUCACGAUCCGUGGCUUCACCCAGGCGGUCGCCCCAGACAGCAGUGAGAUGGGGGAUCUCCUCGCCUUCCGCUUCAACGCUUUCAACCCCAUCCUGGACCCCUGGGUCUUCAUCCUCUUCCGCAAGACUGUCUUCCAGCGCCUUCGGCUCUGGCUCUGCUGCAUGGGCCGCGGGACUGCCCGCGGAGACUUGCAGACACCCAAUGCCGGGCCUGCCUCCGCCUCUGGUAGGAAGGACUCAAACUGCUCCCCUGCCCUGGGGGGUAAGAAGGGGAGCUGGGUGCCGUUGUCAGCCUGGGGCGAGGGGCGGGUGGCCCCCUCGCCUCCUGCACAAGUAUCUGGAAGCACCGUGGGAACGCCGGCCAAAGCGGAGUCCACUGUGGCCUGCUCUCUCUGCUGACCCCUUAGUGGCCCCGUAUUCUCCCGCCCUGUCUUCCUGGAGCCACCACUACCACCAUCAGUUGCCUUCGAGUUGAUUCUGACUCAGGGCGACCCCAUGUGUGUCAGAGUAGAACUGUGCCCCGGAUGUUUUUCAA